AUGGACGCGCUCAUACACCCCUCCAUCGCUAUACCAACCCUGCCAACGAUACCACAAUCCGCAGUCCCCUCUCCCACCUCCCAGCGGUCGCCGCGUGGUCCCACGACCCCUCCUCUACCAAUACCACAUCCCCAGCCGUCUGUUCCGUUUCCGCAGCGUGAUGGAACGGAUGGUUCCGGAACCAACCGACGGUCUUCACUCUCGUGUCUGCCGCCGGCGGAAGGGUCCUACUUUCCUCCCACCCCCAGCCCUAGCUCGAGAGUGGCGUCAAGUAGCUCGUCACCUGGAGGUACCAGUAGACCUCGGCCGCCACCCCUCGUGCUGCCGACCGACAGCCCCGAUGACGCAGACUAUGGCAUCACGCCAACAACACAAGGCAAGGGGAAGGAGAAGGCUUGGGACCUGGUCAGCGACAGCCCCGAGCAGCUCAGGCCGGCGUGCGAGAUUGACAGAGAGGACCCAGACGAGGCUGUGGCGCUUCGCCCAAUCGAACCGCCCAAUCCCCACAAGAGCCCUUCCGCGGGCAGUAUCGUUCGCCUGAUCAAGAAACGCUCGUCAGCCUCGAUCCUGGGAGACCGUUCAGACGAGAGUGUACGCAUCAGCAUACGGCAAAGUCUCUCUAAUCUAAAAGAAGGACUGCGGAGACCGGCAUCCAAGUCUCCAGAAACCACCUUGACUCCUCUACAUCCUCUUCCGCCUCCUUGCCCGGAACGUCGCAUUUCUCCCAAGACGCGAAGCAGGAGCUUUGACAGCUCCAAGAUCGACUUUAGUGCACCGCCUCCGGUGACCGCUGAAUCGUCACUACGCCGAUCCAAGACGGUUAGCAACCCCAGAUCUCCCAAACCUCAAUCGCUUCUCUUCACUGGCGAGUGUUCGCCCCGCCAUGAUGAAGCCUCAGUUGAGACGCAUACUUCUGUCUCUGCCGGAGCCUUCUCCCCUAUGAGCCUUACCAACAACCACCCUCUCUCUUCCGCUACCACGUCUCUUUCCCGCAGUGCCAAGAGCGGGAAAGAGGGUCAGCCCGGUAAAGCCAAGGAGAGGGGCAGCCAGGACUCGCUAGAUUCGGUCAAGCAGUGGAAGACGAAGCAGAAGGUGCAUCACGACAGGCUAGAAGUGCGCAAGCAGUCCCUCCUCGAGCUGGUGGAAAAAACAGUCUCCCACGCCCACGCUCUCGACAUCCUUGAAAGCGUCUAUCUGUCUUCUCACAACAGCAGCAGUCUCCCCGCCAGCGCCGUCGAGGAUAUACGUAAACUCAGACCCAUGGUCGCCAGGAUUCGUAAAGUCAACAAUAGAGUCAAAGAUAUCAUGGUGUCCGUGUUGAAGGAGGAAGGGAUCGGGUACGGGCAAUCGCUGGGGAAGAGAAAGAGCGAAGGAGAUGUGUUUGAGACGAAGGCGGAGAGAGAGCAGGAGGAGAGGGCACACAUGGAGGUGAUGGGAGAGGAAUUUGAGGAGAGACUAGACAGGGCAGUCAGCAAGAUUUCGAUAGCCAUGCUGGCUGAAGAGAAGGGGUUCCGAAAGUACACCAAGCUUUGCGUGACCGGCCUCAAUGCCAAUAAAGUCUUCUCUGGCGUCAGCAAUGGCGAUCGAGAGAGAUUUGAAGCUCGUUGCAAAGCCCAAAUGGACUCUCGCGAACAUUACGACCUUUCUGCCCUUCUCGAAACCAGCACCCUCGGGCUUACCAGCGUAUCGAAACGUCGACUCCACUUUGAAGAUUUCCUUCAUGCUCCCUACCAACGUAUACCGGGUUUGGUCCUGCUUCUUCAGCGUGUGCAAGACUCUUUCAAGGGAAUUCCUAUCAAAGUGGGAGAUGACCUAGAUGCGACUAGCCGUGCCUAUGCGGAUGUGGGCCGCCUGCGCGAGAUGAUUGCGAGGGUGGGGUCCACCACAGACAGUGCGCGAGGCGUGAAAAUGAAGGAGGAGGCGACGGAGACUCUCAUUUCACGCAUGGACGCCCACGCGGAAGUCACGCCCGAAGUCCUUCGCUCGCUGGGUACCUGUCGCCUCAUCGGUUCAUUGAACGUGCUGUAUCAGCAUAUUGAGCCGUUGCCGAAGCAGGCGACGGUCAAACAUCUAGCAGCCUUCCUCUUUGACGGUUACCUGAUUCUGGCAAAGGUGAAGAAGAACCAGAAGGUGUAUGAACCGAGGCACUUUUUCCCGUUAUCGAUGUUUGUGAUGUACGGUGUGACGACAGGUCCGAUAUCGCCAAGCAUCCGUCUCGAGAGUGGUCGAUUCAGCUACUUUUUGGGCGCCCUCAGUGCAGAAGAGCAAGCGGUCUGGCAGGACGCCCUCGACGUCGCUCGGGACAAGAUUGUGUCCCCUUACGCGGUGCCGACGAGUCUUCCUGUUCCUAUUCCGCAAGCCAUCCAGGACGGGUGGAUAGAAGCCGUGUGGAAGUCCUCCGCGGAUAUUACCAAGCCCAUCUCAUCUCCUCAGCAAACGCCUGCGCUGUCUCGUCGGGCGUCUAUGGGGGCUACCAAGUCGCUUGAUCUUGAGCGUAUCACUCCCGUUACUCGGGCGAAACGUCGAAGUCCCGAGAAGCGUCAUACGAUGACUGGCCUCCCCACCAAAUCUCUCAACCCAGAUGACAUCCUCUCUGCUCUGAAGACUGCUGACGCGAAGAGCAAGAACGACUCUGAGCCCUCUACCCCGGUCAAGUCUCCUGUCCGUACGACCUUCAACGCCAUGACGCCUGACCGUAACAAAGAGUCGACUCAGACGUUGAAGCAACCGCAGAAAAGCAUGAUCGACAAUGUCAUGCACGGGCUGGAAGGCAUCCUUGACAGCCAGUGCGCCCAGAUUCGGAGGGGUGAGACCAUCCGCAAGAGUCAGUCGAUGGGAGCUUCUUCGCGUCGGAAGAGCACCAGUCAGCUUGUUGGGUUCAAGGACUCGAUUGGCGCGACUGUUUUCACCGGUGCCGUCACCGAGUCUGUCAUUCCCAAGCGUGAACCUACGUUGGGGCACGUCAAAGGCAGGCCUAGUUUGCCUGAUGAUUGGCAGCCUGGGGAAACGAGCGAACUUCCUCCGGCGGUGGCAGAUUCGGAUGAAGAGGAAGAGGAAGACGAGGAGGAGGAGGAGAGUGGUGGGACCUCAAGACCUAUCUCCGAGUUUGGCGCUUCGACUUCUCGCCAGCCUCUUCCUCGCAAUGGUUCCUCCACGUCCCUAUUCGGCGUACCAUCUUCAAAGGGCUCAUUCUUGUUCAUGUCCGCCUCCAACGACGACUCUCGAAACAGUCUUCGAAUGCGCACCAAGCGAGACAAGACUAGAAAGGGCGCUGCUCUGGCUGAGAAUGAGAUUGCAAAGGAGAAAGAGAAGGACCCGGUCGGGCACGCGAGGAAGAAGAGCGAGCCGACAAGGCGCAAGAUUUCGAGCAAAGAAGGCAUGGCGCACUACACCCACAUCCGGGAGAAAUCCCAGCCUGCUUCCCCGAUGCUCUCUCCAGCCCACGAGCAGCCGUCUUUCGAAAAUAGUCUUCGACACGAGGACGAGCAAGCUGUAUCGACGGCUCCGGCGGAAGAGACGGUCGAAGAGAUGGCUGAAGGCGAGGAUGGUGUUCUUUUGACUGCUCCGGGACUGAAGAGGAGGAGUUUCUCUUAUGACUCUACUCCCAUCGCUCGACGACCUGGCCCCUCUCGUCAGAUUACUCCGCCAGAGUAUUCGAUUCCCGAGCCGCAUGGCCCAGCACCUGUCCAGCCGUUCGGCGCAUCCUUCGGCGGGUUCUUUGACAGGUCCAGGAGGGACAGCGACCGCUCGAGAAAAGAUAGUCGAACGUCCGAGAGCGCCGCACCCGGUGGACUGAGCAGGCGCUCAAGCUUUGUCUCGGUCAAGUCUUCGCUCAAGAGAUCCCUUAGUGGUAUCUCCCUCCUCUCGACCAGGAAGAGUCCCAACACUGAAGUGCCCGAUAUUGGCAUGGAUGACAAUACGGGGAGCAGUGCCCAGUCUACUCCGGGGACUGAGUUCAGCCCCAUGUCGCCCAUCACUGGGUUGUAUGGCGCGGAAGACGACCACGGGAGAGAUGUUCUCGAGAUGAAGAGGGUGGCGCCUACGCGGCAGAAGAGUUUCAAGAACCUUUAUGGGCUUGGAUUCUCUUCCAUGAGACCAGAAAGGGGUUGA